CCAGCAUGGAAACAGAUGCUGACAUGAUGCCUGAAACGAUCGGGAUCGACAUCUCAGGAGAUGACAAUUACACUUCCGGCGUAAACAACGUGGAAAACGACCAUGACAUCUGGGAGAACUUAGUAAACGUUAGAAAAGCGAAUCCAGCUAAGCUUAUCUGUGGAUAUUUAAACAUAAACAGUCUCGCAGGAAAGUAUGAUCAGAUCAAGGACAUAUUACAGCGAAAUCUCAUCGACAUGCUUUUUCUGGCAGAGACUAAAAUCGACGCCUCCUACCCCGAUGCACAGUUUGUAAUUGACAAUUAUACUAUGUGGCGAGCUGAUCGGAAUAAGCAUGGUGGAGGAGUACUAGCCUUCCUCAGGUCCGAUCUGGCUGGAGAUCGUAAGCCUACCUUUGAAUUUAAAGACAUAGAAUCCGUGGGAAUAGAGAUAUACAAAUACAGCGGAAAUACCAAGACCUAGAACAACCAGGUACGGGAUUAAAUCUUUCAGAUAUGAGGCAGCAAAGCUCUGGAACUCUUUGCCAAACGAAGCAAGAAAUAUUACAUCAUAUAAUCUAUUCUCAAAUUAUAUUCAAAAUUGGUGUGGGGA